AUGGAGAGAAACUGCCCCAAAACUCACUUCCAUUUUAAUGGCGACGAUGAUGUCUUUGUCAACACAAACAUGGUGGAGCAUCUCCACGACCUCCAGGACAACGAUGGCAGCAAGCAUCACUUUAUCGGGCAUCUGAUCGAGAAUGUAGGCCCUAUCAGAUCACCAGCGAAACUCAAAUGUCCGUCGAGGAAGGAGCCGAAGAAAACGGAGGCCGUCAAAGUGUUACUCUUUGGGGAUUCUUUUAAGGAGUUGAUCCAAAAGAAGAACAAAUUCAUUAUAGGAGGAGACAUUUGGCCCAAAGAUGACAUGAAACCCAGAGAGGCAAACAUUGGCCAGGAUAAAAAAAAGAAACAAAAGUCUACCCGACAAGAAGCAAGGGACAAAACUCUCGCCAAAUUAAAAGACACACUUUCACAAAAGAGGUCUCUGCAAGCAUCUGAAGAGUUGUUCAGCAGCUCUGACGAUUGCCAGACACCUGUUCGCAAGAAAAGAAUGCGGAUACAGCAGUUCUCACCGCAGCCCAGUUCAGAUGAUACAGACAUUGGGAGCCCACCCCCUUUGCAGAUUACAGGGACUGAUGCUCAAGAUAACGCUGUGCCAUCAAUGGCAGAGAUUAUCGGGUGUCUUCGUGAACUCCCAGAGACACUGCGAUUAAUGAAGGAGUGUGUGGAGAAAAUGCUGAUGGUGAUGGUGAUAGUGAAGUGGUAG